UCUGGAUUUCUAUAAUAUUGUCCAUGUACUUGGACCGGCACACUCCAGAAGGUGUUUGGUGCACGAACGGAGAGAGAAAGAGAAUCCAAAGAAACUCUCUGCCUCUCUCUCGUAGCAGGAAAAGAUGGCGUCAGAUGGGAAAGUUCAUGAAUUUGAGGAGGUUGCCAAACACAACAAGACCAAAGAUUGCUGGCUUAUUAUCAGCGGAAAGGUGUAUGAUGUAACUCCAUUUAUGGAUGAUCAUCCUGGUGGUGAUGAAGUUUUGCUUUCAGCAACUGGGAAAGAUGCAACCAAUGACUUUGAAGAUGUUGGCCACAGUGAUUCUGCUAGAGAGAUGAUGGAUAAGUAUUACAUUGGGGAUAUCGAUGUGUCAACAGUUCCCCUAAAACGUGCUUAUGUUCCACCGCAACAAGCCCCAUACAAUCCCGACAAGACUCCAGAAUUUAUUAUCAAAAUUCUACAGUUCCUUGUACCCAUCUUGAUCUUGGGCUUGGCCUUUGCAGUACGACACUACACCAAGGAGAAGUAAUUCUUUUGGAUUCCAGUUUGCAUCAGUCCCCACUUAUUCUUGAUUUAUGUUGUUGUUGAACGAACACUUGGUUUAUCUUGUUUUAGUUCAUUAUCGAGCUGCAACAACUGAAUGUGAUCAUCAAUUUUGUACUGGCCUUUGCAACUGCUUUGUCUGGUACCUCUUGGAAACACUAGAUUUGGCUUGUGUUUUUUAAUAUUUGAGAGUAUCUCGUUUCCAUUUUUA